GGAUUUCUUACAAAGUUGGUGGUGCAUGGUCUACGUCCUCAAAAUAAAUCAAGACAAUAGAUUUUUCCAAUUCAAGAUCUUUGUCGUAAAUUGUGCUUGAUUUGUUGUAAGUGUCUCUUUUGGUGACAAUAUGGCUCUAGUGAACAUAACCACGAACUCCAGUACGGCCUUGAACACGAGCCAAUGGAACUGCGAACACUCAUCUAAGUUUCAACGUUUUUCAAAAGGAAUAUUCUACGGGGAAAACCCUUUAAACCACACGCUAUCAGUGAUUACUCUACAAGCUUCCUUAGUCUGUUUUUCGACCUCAUGGUUGCAAUUCUUUCUUGCCCCACUUGGGGAGGGUAGCUUCAUUCCACAAGUGCUGGCAGGGUUGCUAACGGGACCAACAAUACUGGGAGGAAUUAAAAGCGUUAAAAGAUGGCUAUUCCCCGCAAAACCUUUCUACGUAUGCAACACAAUCUCCUUUCUAGGGUGCGUGUUUUUCUUGUUCCUUGUGGGAAUCAAAAUAGAGCCAUCGAUGGUAAUGAGAACAGGGAGAAAGACUUGGGCUAUUGGCUUGUGUUCUUUUGUAUUUCCAGUCCUAUUGAGCAUACUUUGUGCUUUGGCUAUACGACAAACUUUGAACCCGGAAACAGACCUCUACAAGUCCAUAUAUUAUAUUGCAAUUUUCUUAUCAGGUGGUUCCUUUCACGUCACUGCGACUCUUCUAGAAGACCUAAAGCUCCUAAACUCGGAGGUUGGUCAGUUAGCUCUCUCUUCAUCUAUGGUGAGUGGAGCAGUCUCUGCAAUGUGGGAGGUCUUUAUAAUCACUCGGCAACAAUCAACUUUACAGAAAAAGAAAGACAAAUCUUCCAUCAUGAUGAUCAUUUCCUUGGUUGUUCUGGUGAUUUUCAUCUGUUUUGUUCUUCGACCUAUCAUGUUAUGGAUGAUACGAAAGACACCCAAAGGGAAGCCCAUCAAAGAGUCCUACAUAAUUUCCGUCUUUCUUAUGUUGUUGGUGUGUUCAUUUGCUGGGGAGUUCAUUGGGGAGCACUUCUUGGUUGGGCCUAUUCUUUUGGGCCUGGCAGUGCCAGAAGGCCCACCACUCGGAUCAGCAUUGGUAGAAAGGCUAGAUAACAUAGUCUCCGGAGUGUUCAUGCCUUUGUACUACCUCAAUAGUUCUUCUAGCUUCAAGAUUUAUCUAAUAGAUGGUCGUAGCCUUGCAGUGGUGCAACCUGUGGCCUUUAUUAGCUUCUUUGGGAAGGUAUUGGGAGCCAUGUUGCCUUGCCUUUAUUCCAAUAUGCCACUCACUGAUUCUCUCUGCUUAGCUCUCCUAAUUAGUGCCCAAGGCAUCACCCACUUGCUUCACCUACAGACUUGUCAAUACCUUCGUGUUAUAGAUGAUCAAACAUAUGUUCAAAUGGUGAUAUCUUUAAUAUGGUUGACAGCAGUUUCCACCCCUGUAGUGAAAUUCCUUUAUGACCCAUCUAAGAGUUAUUUGUCCCUAAAUAGGGGUAAGACCAUUGAACAUGCCCCUCCCAAUGCCGUCCUUCCCUUGAUGGCAUGCAUACACUUAGAAGAAAACACCCUACCCAUGAUCAAUGUUAUAGAAAUGUCCAACUCCACAAUUGAAAGUCCUAUUUUCCUUUAUGUCUUGCACCUCAUUCAACUAGUAGGUAGAUCAGCCCCAGUUUUAAUGGACCAUCAACUCGAUUUUAAUUUCAGUCAAGUUAGCUACCAUUCACAGAGCAUAAUAAAUGCGUUCAAAUCAUACGAGCAACAACACACUGGCAACAUGAUGGUGAAACUCUUCACAUCCAUCUCCCCUUAUGAGAGUAUGCACGAUGAGAUAUGCAUGCAAGCUGCAAAGCAAAGAGCAUGCAUGUUGAUUAUGCCUUUUCAUAUGCAAUGGAGAUCAACUCAAAUUAUAGAAUUAGCGCACCCCAUUAGAGAUUUAAACCUUAAUUUGCUCCGAAAUGCACCUUGCUCUGUUGGGAUCCUAGUUGAACGAGGCAACGUGAUCAACAACAACCCUUUAACAACUGUGUCCUUCUACAGUGUUGGAAUUGUAUUCAUUGAAGGGUCAGAUGACCGUGAAGCGUUAUCAUACGCAAUGCGCAUGGCUGGUCACCCUAAUGUAACGGUCACGGUAAUUCGGUUGAUAGAGCCUGGCAAGAAGAGUAGAACUUAUGUCGACACAGACCCUGAUGGUGACUUGAUUCACAAGUUUAAGGUUGACUUCAUCGAAAUCAAACGCCAUGAUUACAGGGAGGAAGUUGUGAGAGAUAGUGUGGAAAUGGUCAAUGUCAUAAGGUCACUAGAAGGUUGCUAUGAUUUGAUUUUGGUGGGUAGAUGCCACGACAGCGAGUCUCCAUUGUUUAGUGGGUUGACAGAGUGGAAUGAGUAUCCAGAACUCGGUUGUGUAGGAGACAUGUUAGUGUCUUCGGAUUCUAAUUUUGACGGGUCUGUGUUGGUGGUGCAACAACAACAUAGGGUAGGGGUUAGUCGCAAUGAUUUGAACAAUUCCUUAAAUGCAAAGCAAGAAACCAUAACCAUUUUAGAAGUGCCCCGUGAAACAAAGAUGCGCCAAUAGUUUUAAGUGUUUAGCAUAUCAUCGACAAUAUUGUUAUAAUUCUGUAUUGUUUACAAUUAUUUUGUUAAUGCUUUGUAGCUAAUUAAACAUUGACUACUAGUGGAUUUGUAAAUAUAGAGAUAUAAUUUGUUUCCAUAAAGUAAAUACAAUGAAGGCAGCAUAAUCCAUUGUUAUUGAAUUUGUCUGGGUGUUGGAUAGCCUAACUGAAGACAAAAUCUACCUUUUAGGUUGCACUUGCAUAAUAACACCCGCAAGCAAACUAAAGAUGAGACGAUUGCAGUGAUUGAAAUGAGAAAGGUGGAAAUAGCUAGCCAGAAAACAAUUACAUGGAAAAACUCUGAAUUGGCAUAUAUAAUGAUGUUCGACAAAGUUGUGCUGAUCAAUUAUAUCGACAACUAUAUAUAAUGUACGGAUAGAAGGAUGGUACACAUGGUCUUUGCCUUCCUCUUAUCUGUGGAUACUUUUCUUUAAUGGUUAGUUAGGAGUAUGUGUGGCCAAACAAAGGAUGGCGGUUUUUUCUUCCUUUUUUUCUUUUUCGAACAACAUAUACGAAGGGGUGGAUCGCACAUAAUUAGAUUUUCUUUAUCAGUAUUUCCUCUGCAUUAGUAUUUUUAUUGGGAAAGAAUGGGAUAGCAAGACUAAUAAUAACUACCAAGGAUGAGGGGUAGGAAUUUUUGUUCAUG